GUCUUCACGGGGUGGAGUCUGGUCUUCACGGGGUGGAGUCUGGGUCUUCACGGGUGGAGUCUGGGUCUUCACGGGGUGGAGUCUGGGUCUUCACGGGGUGGAGUCUGGGUCUUCACGGGGUGGAGUCUGAGUCUUCACGGGGUGGAGUCUGGUCUUCACGGGAGGUGGUCUGGGUCUUCACGGGUGGAGUCUGGGUCUUCACGGGGUGGAGUCUGUCUUCACGGGUGGAGUCUGGGUCUUCACCGGGUGGAGUCUGGGUCUUCACGGGGUGGAGUCUGGCUCACGGGUGAGUCUGUCUUCACGGGGUGGAGUCUGGGUCUCUCACGGGGUGGAGUCUGGGUCUUCACGGGGUGGAGUCUGGGUCUUCACGGGGUGGAGUCUGGGCCUCACGGUGGAGUCUGGGUCUUCACGGGGUGGAGUCUGUCUUCGGGUGGAGUCUGGGUCUUCACGGGGUGGAGUCUGGGUCUUCACGGGGUGGAGUCUGGUCUUCACGGGGUGGAGUCUGGUCUUCACGGGUGGAGUCUGGGUCUUCACGGUGGAGUCUGGGUCUUCACGGGUGGAGUCUGGUCUUCACGGGUGGAGUCUGGGUCUCAGUGGAGUCUGGCUCACGAGUCGCUCGGUGGUCGCUCACGGGUGAGUCUGCUCAGGCUCUCAGGUGAUCUGGCUCACCUGGUGGAGUCUGGUCUCACGGGGUGGAGUCUGGGUCUUCACGGGGUGGAGUCUGGGUCUUCACGGGUGGAGUCUGUCUUCACAGGGGUGAGUCUGGGUCUUCACGGUGGAGUCUGGCUUCACGGGUGGAGUCUGGGUCUCACGGGGUGGAGUCUGGGUCUUCACGGGUGGAGUCUGGCUUCACGGGUGGAGUCUGGGUCUUCACGGGGGAGUCUGGGUCUCACGGGGUGGAGUCUGGGUCUUCACGGGUUGGAGUCUGGGUCUUCACGGGGUGGAGUCUGGGUCUCACGGGUGGAGUCUGGGUCUCACGGGGUGGAGUCUGGGUCUUCACGGGGUGGAGUCUGGGUCUUCACGGGGUGGAGUCUGGCUCACGGGGUGGAGUCUGGCCUCACGGGUGAGUCUGGUCUUCACGGGGUGGAGUCUGAGUCUUCACGGGUGGAGUCUGGGUCUUCACGGGGUGAGUCUGCUCACGGUGGAGUCUGGCUCACGGGUGGAGUCUGGGUCUCACGGGGUGGAGUCUGGUCUUCACGGGGUGGAGUCUGGGUCUUCACGGUGGAGUCUGGUUCACGUGGAGUCUUCACGGGUGGAGUCUGGGCUCACGAGCUGGUCCACGGUGGAGUCUGGGCUUCACGGGUGGAGUCUGAGUCUUCACGGGUGGAGUCUGGGUCUUCACAGGUGGAGUCUGGCUCUCACGGGUGA